UUUCGACGUGUGCAGAAGGCCAACAACUAUCUCUCCUUUUUUCCCCUUGCUGAGCCGCAUCCCCUCCUUCCUCUUCUGUCCGAUCUCGCUGCCGAGCCGCCAGCCCACCUCGCACCGUCGCUCGUCUUCCUCCUCGCGCGAGCGCCGCCACCGCCGGUUGGUCUCCCCCUCGAUUCUAUCGCUCCCGACCGUUUCUCCUCCCAUCACCCCCACGAACGGAUUCCGCCCUUUGGCUCCCCGUUUCAUCUCCUUAUUCUACCCUAAUUCGUAACCGAGGCGAAAAUCAAGGUGCCACCAUGUUCAACAGGCUAUUCGGGAAGCCCAAGGAGCAAGCCAACGCCGGCGCGUUGGCCACUUUAGAUAAGUUAAACGAGACUCUUGAUAUGCUGGAGAAGAAAGAGAAAGUGUUGGAGAAAAAAGCAGCUGCUGAGCUUGAGAGGGCCAAGGAUUUCUCAAAAGCAAAGAAUAAAAGAGCGGCUAUCCAAGCUUUGAAAAGGAAAAAACUUUAUGAGCAACAAAUUGAGCAGCUUGGGAAUUUUCAGUUGAGAAUCCAUGAUCAGAUGAUCAUGUUAGAAGCUGCUAAAGCUACGACUGAGACUGUUGAUGCAUUGAGGACUGGCGCCAAAGCUAUGAAAGCAAUGCAAAAAGCAACAAAUAUCGAUGAUGUUGAUAAGACUAUGGAUGAAAUUAAUGAACAGACUGAGAACAUGAAACAAAUACAAGAUGCUUUGUCAGCUCCUCUUGGAGCAUCUGCUGAUUUUGACGAGGAUGAACUAGAAGCGGAGCUGGAAGAAUUGGAGGGAGCAGAGUUGGAAUCUCAACUACUGGAGCCAGUUGCAGCUCCACCUAUUCAUCCGGUACAGAUUCCAGCCAACAGGCCACGACCUCACCUUGCUCCACAGAAAGCGUCAGCUGAGGAGGAUGAGCUUGCUGCUCUGCAAGCUGAAAUGGCAAUGUGAUCAGGUUGCCAGUUAAGAAGUGAAAUGUACAAAUGAUUGGUGGUAUGCUACGAGGUCGCAAGUGAGUCCAGCUACACAUAUAGUUGCCAAUGUGUGUGUGUAUAAUCUUGUGGGGAUAUAUUUGGCGAUGAACGCAGGAAAAGGUUGCUCUGAUCCUUAUUUUAAUUGUUUGAAGGUCUGUUUUCCAUAGACUUAAUUUUCAGUUGAUGUUGGCUCCAUCUAAGUCAUCGUGCAAUGCUCAUUGUUCGUGACAUCUAUUUUCCAUUGUCCCAUAUUAUGUGGAUCCUUGUAAAACAAGUUGCAACUUAUAAAUCCUAGGGUUCACAAUGGAUGCCUUGGUGGAGCAGUCUUUCCUUUCUAUUGUA